AUGUCUGGCUACAACCGAUUAGACGAGGACCGCUACGAGAUGGAUCCACGCCGCCCAGGUCCCGGCAGAACGCCCUCUCCAGGACGCCCACUUGCUGGCUACCAGCUCGAGGACAACUAUGGCUCGCACGCCGGCCCGCUCGAGAUCCCCAUGGGACCCACCAUGACCCAUCCAGCGGCUUCAGGCGACAGACUCCCUCUGCAACCGAGUUACUCGGUAGAGAACAUGCCCUAUGCUGGAGGCGAUUACCACGACGAAUACGACCCACGACCGCAACGACACGACAGCGACUACUCGCUCGACCCGCAAGCCCACCACGAUGCCUACUACACCCAGCCCUAUGAUCCCACACUGCACGACGGGAGCCCGCACCAAGGGUACGGCACCCAGCCGGACCAUUACUGGCAGGACGAGCAGGACGGCAGGCCCAUGUUGGCAGGCGCCAACUCGUACGGCCCAGAUCCACACGAUCUGGAAGAGCAGGAUCCUGAGAAUCCGUUCCACGACGAGCCCAUCCAGCAUUAUCCGAGCCCAGCACCUAUCAAGCGAUGGAAGACUGUCAAGGAAGUCCAGCUGUUCAAGGGCAACUUGGUGCUCGAUUGCCCAAUUCCCCCGCGACUUCUCAACCAGGUCCCACAUGCACAGCCCCCCGAGCGUGACGAGUUCACACAUAUGCGCUACUCGGCCGCCACCUGCGAUCCUGCAGACUUCGACGCAGAGCGCUUUACCCUGCGCCAGAAGCUCUUCGCAAAGCCUAGGCAUACGGAGCUGUUCAUCGUCGUGACCAUGUACAACGAAGAGGACGAGCUGUUUGCGCGAACGAUGAUGGGCGUAAUCAAGAACAUCGAAUACAUGAACUCGCGAACCAACAGCAAGACGUGGGGCAAGGACGCGUGGAAGAAGAUUGUAGUGUGCGUCGUCAGCGAUGGACGUGCCAAGAUCAACCCGCGAACAAGAGCCGUGCUAGCAGGUCUUGGUGUGUACCAGGACGGCAUCGCCAAGCAGCAAGUCAACGGCAAGGAUGUAACUGCGCAUAUUUACGAGUACACCACACAAAUGACGCUUGACAUCAAGAAGGGUGUAGUCGGCGUCAAGAAGGGCAACACGCCUGUGCAGAUGCUCUUCUGUCUAAAGGAAAAGAACCAGAAGAAGAUCAACUCGCAUCGAUGGUUCUUCCAGGCGUUUGGCACCGUCCUGGACCCCAACAUCUGUGUUCUUAUCGAUGCUGGAACGAAGCCCGGAAAGGACUCCAUCUACCAUCUCUGGAAAGCUUUCGACCUCGAGCCCAUGUGCGCAGGCGCUUGCGGUGAGAUCAAGGCUAUGUUCCAUGGCAAGAAGCUUCUGAACCCACUUGUGGCGACGCAGAACUUCGAGUACAAGAUGAGUAACAUUUUGGAUAAGCCGCUGGAAUCAGCCUUCGGUUUCAUUACUGUGCUUCCUGGUGCCUUCUCUGCCUAUCGCUAUGUUGCGCUCCAGAACGACAAGACCGGACAAGGACCACUGGAGAAGUAUUUCGCUGGUGAGAAGAUGCACGGUGCGAACGCCGGUAUCUUCACAGCCAACAUGUACCUCGCCGAGGACCGUAUUCUCUGCUUCGAGUUGGUCUCCAAGAGGAACUGCCACUGGAUUCUGCAAUACGUCAAGUCUGCCAACGGUGAGACCGAUGUACCGACGACAAUGGCAGAGUUUAUUGGUCAGCGUCGUCGUUGGCUCAACGGUUCCUUCUUCGCUGCUGUCUACGCCCUGGCCCACUCUUUCGACAUCUUCCGCAGCGACCACUCGGUCAUCCGCAAGAUGAUGUUCCUCGUUGAAUUCGUCUACCAGACCAUCAGCAUGAUCUUCGCCUGGUUUGCCCUCGGUAACUUCUUCCUGGUCUUCCGCAUUCUCACCGCUUCCUUGGCUACUGAAAUCGGUACGGCCGGUAAAGUCUUGUUCGUCGUCUUCGAGUGGCUUUACAUUGGUGUGCUGAUAACGUGUUUCAUCUUAUCACUCGGGAAUCGACCGCAAGGAUCAAACAAGUGGUACAUGUCUAUGGUAUACUUCUGGUGUAUCAUUAUGACAUACCUCAUGUUCGCAUCCAUCUACAUCACAGUCCGGUCGAUCCAGGAGCAGAUCAAAACGAACCACGGCUUCAAUUUUGCAGACAUCUUCAAGGACCAGAUCUUCUUCACCCUGAUCGUAUCAUUGGCCUCGACGUAUCUCAUGUGGUUCGUCGUUUCGAUCUUGUUCUUGGACCCAUGGCAUAUGUUCACCUCGUUCAUUCAGUACCUGCUGUUGACACCGACGUAUAUCAACAUCCUUAACGUCUACGCGUUCUGCAACACGCACGACAUCACCUGGGGAACAAAGGGAGACGACAAACCCGAGAAGUUGCCUUCAGUCACCACUAAAGCCGACGGAAAAGCCGACAUUCAGGCUCCAACUGACGAUGCUGAUCUAAAUACGAUGUACGAGAACGAACUUCGCGUCUUCAGCACAAAGUGGAAAGAAGAGAAGAAGGUCCAGUCGGCAACGGACAAGCAAGAAGACUAUUACAAGGGCUUCCGAUCUGGUGUCGUUCUAUUCUGGAUGUUCUGUAAUCUGGUCUUGACCGCCCUUGUGCUACAGUCUGGUGGCCUGGAAAUAACAGUUCAGGAUCCAGAUGAGCAAGCUGCCAAGCAGAACCAAGUCGCGGCCAUCUACUUGGGAGUUGUCUUGUGGAGUGUCGCUGGUCUGGCGGCGUUCCGUUUCAUUGGAGCCAUAUGGUUCCUGGUAGUACGCAUGUUCCGAGGUGUGUGA